AUGGGUGUUUUACUCGAGACAUUAAUGGCAUUGGGCCUUUUAGCCAGCAGAGCAUCUGGCAUGAACUAUACCGAGCCGCACCGACCCCAAUACCAUUUCUCGCCCAACAAGAACUGGAUGAAUGAUCCAAGUGGCUUGUUAUAUCAUGAUGGUACCUACCAUCUCUUCUUCCAAUAUAACCCCGGCGGAAUUGAAUGGGGAAAUAUGUCAUGGGGCCAUGCAACGAGCGAAGACUUAACCCAUUGGGAGGAACAGCCCGUUGCUUUACUUGCGCGGGGGUAUCCCAAUGAUGUGACUGAAAUGUUCUUCACUGGGAGUGCUGUUGCCGAUGUGAAUAAUACAAGCGGUUUCGGCGUUGAUGGCAAGAUCCCCUUGGUGGCCAUGUAUACUUCCAUGUAUCCUAUCAAUCAGACUUUGCCUAGUGGAAAAUACGUCCUCGCAGAACAACAAUCCCAAUCAAUCGCCUACAGCCUGGACAAUGGCAUGACCUGGACUACAUACGAUACCGAGAACCCCGUCAUCCACAACCCCCCAUCUACCUACGCAACCGAGUAUCAGAAUUUCCGAGACCCUUUCGUAUUCUGGCACAGCGAGACACAGAAAUGGAUCGCCGUCACAGCUUUAGCAAAAAUCCACAAGCUUUUCAUCUGGAGCUCGGACAAUCUUAAAGACUGGUCUCCACUCAGUGAAUUCGGACCAAAGAAUGCAGUCGGCGGCGUAUGGGAAUGUCCAAAUCUAUUCCCUCUCUCCGCCAACGAUGAUGAAUCAACCACGAAAUGGGUCUUGGUCCUAGGACUCAACCCGGGCGGACCACCAGGCACAGUCGGGUCAGGAACGCAGUAUUUCAUCGGUGAUUUCAACGGUACAACUUUCACCCCCGAUUCUGAAAGUGUGUAUCCCGGAAAUGAAACUGCGAACUGGCUCGAUUGGGGUCCGGACUUCUACGCUGCUGCUAGUUAUAAUGGACUUCCUGCUGAUGAGAGGGUUCAACUUGCUUGGAUGAACAAUUGGCAAUAUGGAGCCGCGAUACCGACCGAUCCAUGGCGGAGUGCGAUGACGAUUCCUCGUCGAUUGUCUUUGAAGAUGGUUGAUCAGAAGAUCACUCUUCUUCAGAAGCCGCAUGAGAGUUUGCAAAGUGUUACGGGUCACAACGAUGUGUCUCAUUCCUGGCAUUCUGUAUCAGAAGGGUCGGUGAAUCUCGGCUCGCUGGGCAAGACGUUCCAUGUCAGUCUGAGCUUUGCGGAUCAUGAUUCGGAUGAUCGUCAUGCAUCUGAGUUUGCGAUUGCUGUACGGGCUAGCUCUGAUUUCUCGCAGCAGACGCUUGUUGGUUAUAAUUUCACUAGCAAGGAGGUUUUUGUUGAUCGACAGAAGUCUGGGGAUAUCUCGUUUGAUGGGACUUUUGGGAGUAUCUAUCAUACGCCGUUGUCGGCAGGUCCGAACGGGCGUGUGGACUUGGAGAUAUUUGUUGAUUGGUCUAGUGUUGAGGUGUUAGGAGGUCAGGGUGAGGUUUCUUUGACUUCGCAGAUUUUCCCUGAUGGUAACUCUACCAAUGCUCGACUUAUUUCGACGGAGGGCAGCACUAGAGAUGUCAAAGUCCGGGUAGAUAGAGUGGCUUCGGCCUGGGAGUGA